CAACCUAUUGAACACUUCCGUUACCGUGACCUAUUUAGCAGAUUUCAGUGAGGACGAUGAAUCUACAUAUUAUCAUUCUUUAAGUGAGCAUGAUCGUUCAUUUGUCAAAGCGUAAUGGAUGUUUUUUUCAUAACAUGUAUUGGAGCAUUCCUUGGGUUUCUCUCUGUGAUAAUUUACAAAUGGUUUACUCACGAAAAACAGGCAGUAGAUGGAGUCAAAAUCCUCAAGAUCUUGAAUCAGAAUAAGAUUUUUCCAUUGUGCCCAUCAAACAAAUGGACGCUUUGGGAUUACAUCUUAGGAACAAGAAUAUGGAGAAGAACUUUUCCAGAACUUCACACAAAUGUCUUUGGUUGCUGUGGCUUGGUUAAGAAGUACCCAAAGAGCUACACGUCCACUUUACUUUCCUACCCGUGGGUGCCUUCUUGUCAACUACCCAAUACUCAGUCCCUGUUAGAUAUUCUCACCAAUGUGAACAAGUUAUGUGAAUGGGAUCCUACAGUCAGAAGUGUCAGCCAUGUUUCUGCAGAUAGUGGCUCUCACAGUUCCUCAGAUACCACACGCCAUGUGCAAUAUAGCUUCUUGCCAGUCAUUUGUGAUAUGAUAGAAGUAGAUAGGAAAAGUGCCCUGAAAUUUGUACUCAGGCUGCUCAAUAAUUUUUUUACAAAGUUCUUCCAUGUUGGACUUCCCUUACCAAUGCAAGUUUACCAAAGGCUUUACUUCCAAGAAGAAAAUGGCUGCUGCUGGCUUUUAGAGUCUGAAGUGAUGGGCUCAGAGUGGACAUUUUAUCUUGCUCAACCAGUGGAAGGUCUUGACAAGUCCCUUCUUACCAUUGUCUUUCACCCAAGUUCAAAUUGGUUAGGAAGUGCUCCUUCCACAGCCAAGGUGGUCAAAAGAUUAGGCUGCUUACGGGACUUCUUCCAGAUGAAACAUCUUCAGCCGAUUCCAAACAAAGUUUUCACUCUCCCAAACCUAGAAACAGUGCUUUCGGAAAAUGGUGAUAAUGCACAAUACCAAAGACAGCGAACUGCAUCUGGUAGCAGUAGCGGAAGCAUGAAAAGAAGGCGAGGAAAGGUUAAAAUGAGGUCACAUUCUGAGGUCGUUAAAGGCAGCCCCCACACUGCUGGUGCAGAUGCUGUACAUAGGCAAACCAGUGAAAUAUCUGCUAAGUCUGCGAUUUCUACUCAAAAACAUGCAGCUACUGAAGACUGUAUUGAUGAAGUGUUUGAUAAAGAUGUAGAUAAAGUAUCAGAGUCUACAAAAAUAUUUAAAAUUGGAACAGAGGAUGAUAGCCCCCAUACUAGUCACCAUGAUAACAGUGAAGAGGGAAAGAGAGAACUGGAAAUGUCUAAUGUUUUAACCUCUGAUUUGGAUUCAAGGGAAUACAUCAUACCCUCAUUGACAAAUGAUGAAACCGGUCUUAAAAAAGCUCAUGUUCUUGCAAACCAGACAGCAGCUGAGCUAUUUCAAGUGGCUAUGCAAGCAUCAAACAUAGAUGUGAAACAACCUGAAUUAGCUCAGGCAGAGAAAACAAAAGGAUGGAUAUUCCAAAGUGUUGAGAAAGAAGUUGUUGUGUUAAGAAAAGAUGUCAAUCUUGGCAUGAGGAGCUCUGUGCAGUG